AUGUCCCAGCUUUAUUCCUUCAAGGCUGUAGAAGAUUCCGCUUUCAGCAACCAAAUAAUAAUGCUUCAGAGACGACUUCAUGUCCCAGCUUUUUAUUCCUUCAAGGCUGUAGAAGAUUCCUUUCAGCAACCAAAUAAUAAUGUUUCAGAGACGACUUCAUAUGUCCCAGCUUUUUAUUCCUUCAAGGCUGAAGAUUCCUUUCAACAACCAAAUGCUUUAUUCCUUCAAGGCUGUGAAGAUUCCUUUCAGCAACCAAAUAAUAAUGCUUCAGAGACGAUUCCUUCAAGUCCCAGCAGCAAAAUUUAUUCCUUCAAGUCUGUGAAGAUUCCUUUUCAGCAACCAAAUGGUAAUGCUUCAGAGACGACUUACAGUCCCAGCUUUAUUCUUCAAGGCUGUAGAAGAUUCCUUUCAGCAAACCAAAUGGUAAUGCUUCAGAGACGACUUCAUGUCCCAGCUUUAUUCCUCCUUCAAGGCUGUAGGUAUUUCUUUCAGCAACCAAAUGGUAAUGCUUCAAGACGACUUCAUGUCCCAGCUUUUUUCCUUCUUCAAGGCUGUAGAUUCCUUUCAGCAACCAAAUAA